AUGACCACCGCGCACAGGCCCACGUGGGCCCCCGCCAAGGGGCAUGAAGAGCAGGGAGGCGCCCGCAUGUUCGGUCCCUCCCAGAAGCACUCCAAGCUCGACGACGCCGCGCACACCGUCCUCAAGACCAGGAACGAAGGUCAGGCCACGAUCAAGGAGCUCAUGGAGCGCGACUUUCGCGCCGAGUUGGAAGAACGCGAGAGGGCCCAUUUCAAGAAGAAGCUGGGCGGCGCGGGGGGAACUGACGCGGUGGGUCAGCUCACCGCGGGCGACGGCGACACCGAUGCGGGCCCGCGAUUUGUCCCAAAGGCGCUCGACGCCGAUGACAGCGACAGCGACGACGCGUCGGGCAGCGAAAGCGACAGCGAUGACGACGAGGACGACACCCAAGCGCUCCUCGCCGAGCUCGAGAGAAUCAAGAAGGAUCGAGCCGAGGAAACAGCGCGGCGCGACGCAGAGGCGCGUGAGGCGGAGGCCAUGGAACGAGCUGAGGAGCUCGCGACCGGUAACCCGCUGCUGAACUUAGGUUCAGAAGAAUCAGAGUAUGACUUCUCGGUGAAGAGGCGAUGGGACGACGAUGUCGUGUUCAGGAACCAGACGAGAGGGGAGCCCAAACACGCCAAACGCUUCGUCAACGACACGAUUCGCUCGGACUUUCAUCGUCGCUUCCUUAACAAAUACAUAAAGUGA